AUGCGAGCAUGGCCCGUUUAUGAUGGCCUCCAAAGCUCCCACCUUUGGGGUGGGGGGCAGGCCCAACAGGCAAUCGGACAUCUUCCCGUUAUAGCUUUUUCCGCCACUCAGGUGCUCCGGGAUCCUAUACGGAAGAAUCAGGCGUACGUUCCAACCGAAACAGAAUGCCCAAGACCCCUGGCAGACUAUUGGGCUGCGUGGAGACGCCUACCCGAUAUUUCAAGGUGGGUACUACGCACCGUUCGACACGGUUACACUAUCCAGUUUCGAAAAGGGCCACCUCCUUUCAGCAGGGUUCUUCCUACGACGGUACGUCCUGGGGAGGCCUCAAUCUUAAGUCAGGAGAUCGUGUCACUCCUAGAGAAAGGGGCUAUAGAGGAGAUACUCCCCACUCAGAUGGAGUCAGGCUUCUACAGCCGGUAUUUUGUUGUGCCCAAAAAAGAUGGUGGUUUUCGUCCGAUUUUGGACUUGCGUCGUCUAAAUCUUGUGCUCAGAGUGAGCAAGUUCAAGAUGCUAAUGGUGAAGUCCAUUCUGUCUCAGGUCCAAUCCGAAGAUUGGUUUGUGACCAUUGAUCUAAAGGAUGCAUACUUUCACAUCCCGAUCGUCAAGAGGCACAGGAAGUUCCUCAGGUUUGCUUUCGAGGGCAAAGCAUACCAAUAUUGUGUUCUUCCAAUCGGACUAGCUUUGGCUCCUCGAACAUUUACAAAAUGUAUGGACGCAUCUCUGGCCCCGUUGCGGCUCCAGGGCAUCCGAAUCUUGAACUACCUGGAUGAUUGGCUAAUAUUAGCCCAAUCCCAGGAUCAGGCAAGGAUACAUCGAGAUUUGAGCAGUCCAUAUCCCAGAUCGCUUGAACUCAGGAGCGGACCUGCUCUCGAGACAGAGUCUGCAGGAUGGGGAAUGGAGAUUACACCCCCAAGUGGUGGAUCUUUUAUGGCAGAGGUUCGUGUCACUCCUAGAGAAAGGGGCUAUAGAGGAGAUACUCCCCACUCAGAUGGAGUCAGGCUUCUACAGCCGGUCCAAUCCGAAGAUUGGUUUGUGACCAUUGAUCUAAAGGAUGCAUACUUUCACAUCCCGAUCGUCAAGAGGCACAGGAAGUUCCUCAGGCUGUUGGGUCUGAUGGCGGCGGCGUCCCCUGUAGUUCAGUUGGGCCUGCUCCACAUGCGACCGUUUCAGUGGUGGACCAAGAGCCAGAACAUUUCACAGCACAGUCAUCCGCUUCGCAGAAUUACGACGGUCACGAUGGACGCAUCCCUCACGGGCUGGGGAGCGGUCCAUCAAAGACGUCCAGUCGGUGGAGUCUGGACAGAAGUACAUCGUGGCUGGCACAUAAAUCGUUUGGAGAUGCUUGCAGUUCUCCUGGCUCUCAAACAAUUUUUACCCCAGUUGAGGGGUUAUCACGUGUUAGUCAGGACAGACAACACGGCAGUCGUGUCAUACCUCAAUCGUCAAGAAGGAUUACGUUCUCGCCUCCUGUACAGGCUGACGAGGCGUGUUCUUCUUUGGGCUCAGACAAAGCUCCUGUCAAUCAGAGCAGUCCAUAUCCCAGAUCGCUUGAACUCAGGAGCGGACCUGCUCUCGAGACAGAGUCUGCAGGAUGGGGAAUGGAGAUUACACCCCCAAGUGGUGGAUCUUUUAUGGCAGAGGUUCGGCCGAGCGGAAGUAGACUUGUUCGCUUUGAACAUGACUACGCACUGCCCGCUUCGGUUUUUCCUGUCUUCCCCGUCGCCUCUAGGUCUGGAUGCUCUGGCCCACAAAUGGCUCAGGACCAAUCUUUAUGCUUUUCCCCCAAUCCGGUUGCUCCCAGCAGUCCUGUUCAGAAUACGAUCAGAGAGAGUGGAGCACCUGCUGCUGGUGGCCCCGUGGUGGCCCACUCAGUCGUGGUUCUCGGACCUGGUCAGUCUGCUAGCCGGCCCUCCAUGGGAAGUUCCCCUCAGACACGAUUUGCUAAUGCAAGCUUGGGGCAUGAUUUGGCAUCCUCGACCGGAAUUAUGGAAGUUAUGGGCGUGGCCCCUGAGUGGGGUACGCUAA